GCAGGAGUGAAGCAGGAGGCAGGAGGCAGCGGGGAGGGAGCAAUGGGAGCGGGAAGCAGGCAGGUUCCCUCGCAAAUCCCCCUCCGGCCCCACGUCGUUUCGCCGGCCCCGGCAGGGGAGCAAGGAGCCGGGCUAGCAGAUGGAGGAGUGGAGCUCGCUCUAGGCAGCGGGCUUGGCCGGAGAAUGGAGGAGCCGCCAAGCGACCGGCUGAUUGGAAGAGAAACGCAGAGCGAUGGAGGCGGGGGUAGGAGGACGAUUUCUCUGCGGGGACUGGCGGCGGCGUAUACGCCCGGGUCGGGCGCUGCAGAGCUUGGCUAGCUUUCAACCCGCGCUCGCCGGCUCCAGCCCCGCGCGCCCCCACCCCCAGCCCUCCCGGCGGCUCCGCAGGGUGAGGUGGUUUUGACCGCGGGUUGCCCGGCCAGCACGACCCAACGAGGUGGCUGGAGGAGGUGGCUGGACGGCUAAAGAAUGAACGGAGAAGCUGACUGCCCCACAGACCUGGAAAUGGCCGCCCCCAAAGGCCAAGACCGCUGGUCUCAGGAAGACAUGCUGACUUUGCUGGAAUGCAUGAAGAACAACCUUCCAUCCAAUGACAGCUCCAAGUUCAAAACCACCGAGUCACAUAUGGACUGGGAAAAAGUAGCCUUUAAAGACUUUUCUGGAGACAUGUGCAAGCUCAAAUGGGUGGAGAUUUCUAAUGAGGUGAGGAAGUUCCGAACCUUGACAGAAUUGAUCCUUGAUGCUCAGGAACACGUUAAAAAUCCUUACAAAGGCAAAAAACUCAAGAAACACCCGGACUUCCCAAAGAAGCCCCUGACCCCUUAUUUCCGCUUCUUCAUGGAGAAGCGGGCCAAGUACGCGAAGUUGCACCCUGAGAUGAGCAACCUGGACCUGACCAAGAUUCUGUCCAAGAAAUACAAGGAGCUGCCGGAGAAGAAGAAGAUGAAGUAUAUUCAGGACUUCCAGAGAGAGAAACAGGAGUUCGAGCGAAACCUGGCCCGGUUCAGGGAGGAUCACCCUGACCUAAUCCAGAAUGCCAAGAAGUCGGACAUCCCCGAGAAGCCCAAAACCCCCCAGCAGCUGUGGUACACCCACGAGAAGAAGGUGUAUCUCAAAGUGCGGCCAGAUGCCACUACGAAGGAGGUGAAGGACUCCCUGGGGAAGCAGUGGUCUCAGCUCUCGGACAAAAAGAGGCUGAAAUGGAUUCAUAAGGCCCUGGAGCAGCGGAAGGAGUACGAGGAGAUUAUGCGUGACUAUAUCCAGAAGCACCCUGAGCUGAACAUCAGUGAGGAGGGCAUCACCAAGUCCACCCUCACCAAGGCCGAACGCCAGCUCAAGGACAAGUUUGAUGGGCGACCCACCAAGCCACCUCCGAACAGCUACUCCCUGUACUGCGCCGAGCUGAUGGCCAACAUGAAGGACGUGCCCAGCACGGAACGCAUGGUGCUCUGCAGCCAGCAGUGGAAGCUGCUGUCCCAGAAGGAGAAGGACGCCUACCACAAGAAGUGUGACCAGAAAAAGAAAGAUUACGAGGUGGAACUGCUCCGUUUCCUAGAGAGCCUGCCUGAGGAGGAACAGCAGCGGGUCCUGGGGGAGGAGAAGAUGCUGAGCAUCAACAAGAAGCAGGCCACCAGCCCAGCCUCCAAGAAGCCCUCGCAGGAAGGGGGCAAGGGCGGCUCAGAGAAGCCUAAGCGGCCGGUGUCAGCCAUGUUCAUCUUCUCCGAAGAGAAGCGGCGGCAGCUUCAAGAGGAGCGGCCUGAGCUCUCAGAGAGCGAGCUGACCCGCCUUCUGGCCCGCAUGUGGAACGACUUGUCAGAGAAGAAGAAGGCCAAGUACAAGGCCCGGGAGGCGGCGCUGAAGGCCCAGUCUGAGAGGAAGCCGGGCGGGGACCGUGAGGAACGGGGCAAGCUGCCAGAGUCGCCCAAGAGAGCCGAGGAGAUCUGGCAACAGAGCGUCAUCGGGGACUACCUGGCACGCUUCAAGAAUGACCGGGUGAAGGCCUUGAAAGCCAUGGAGAUGACCUGGAACAACAUGGAGAAGAAGGAGAAACUGAUGUGGAUUAAGAAGGCAGCCGAAGACCAAAAGCGAUAUGAGAGAGAGCUGAGUGAGAUGCGGGCACCCCCCGCUGCUGCGAACUCCUCCAAGAAGAUGAAGUUCCAAGGAGAACCGAAGAAGCCUCCCAUGAACGGUUACCAGAAGUUCUCCCAGGAGCUGCUGUCCAACGGGGAGCUGAACCACCUGCCGCUGAAAGAACGUAUGGUGGAGAUCGGCAGCCGCUGGCAGCGCAUUUCCCAGAGCCAGAAGGAGCACUACAAGAAGUUGGCAGAGGAGCAACAGAAGCAGUACAAAGUACACCUGGACCUCUGGGUCAAGAGUCUGUCUCCCCAGGACCGUGCGGCCUAUAAAGAGUACAUCUCCAAUAAACGUAAGAGCAUGACCAAGCUGCGAGGCCCGAACCCCAAGUCCAGCCGGACUGCCUUGCAGUCCAAGUCGGAGUCUGAGGAGGAUGAUGAAGAGGAUGAGGAGGACGAGGAGGAGGAUGAAGAGGAGGAAGAUGACGAGAACGGGGACUCCUCAGAGGACGGGGGGGACUCCUCUGAGUCGAGCAGUGAGGAUGAGAGUGAGGACGGAGAUGAGAAUGAGGAGGAUGACGAGGACGAGGACGACGAUGAGGAUGACGAUGAGGACGAGGACAAUGAGUCAGAGGGCAGCAGCUCCAGCUCUUCCUCCUCGGGGGACUCCUCGGACUCUGACUCCAACUGAGGCCCGGUCCCACCCAGGGCUCCCCUCCCCAACUGACCACCUUUGUUUCUCCCCCGUGUUCUGUCCCCUGCCCCAUGGCCUCCCCCACUUUUCUUUUUCUUUUUCUUUUUCUUUCUUUUUUUUUUUUUUAAAUUUGGUGGGGGAGGGGCUGGAGGAGCCCAGGCCAGGACUCUGCAGCCUCAGAGACAUCGGCCCUGGUUUGGGGGCCCUCCAGGGAGCGCAACCAUCAGACUGAGCCACCACUGGACCGGACCGGCCCACCCCUCUUCUGCACUUGCGGUUCUGUCAUGGACAAUGGACCUGGGAGUGGGGUGGGGGGGGUCCCAAAGAGUCCGGUGAGGCCCUCCACACCUGCAGCCCAACCCAUGGGAGGGUGGAAGCUCGGGGAAGACCCCUCCCUUCCCAGAGGGGCUUGCCGACUGGACCCCUGCGUUGGAACUGGAGGCAGGGAACGUGGGGAGAGGAGGGCAGGAGCCUCAGAAAACAGGCGCUGCCCUCUAGCCCUCUCCCCUGCCCUCUGCAGGAAGGAGCUGCCCAUACCCACUCAUGGGGGGAGGGGACAGAAGUGUUUUUUAUAUAUGUGUAUAUAUUUUUUUUUUAAGCUCUGAGCUGUCAACGAGACGUUUCCUACCGA